AUGAAGCCAUUAUUUCUCCCUCUACUCCUUCUACUUUCCUACGUUGAUGGUAAAAUCAAGAACGGAUUCGGCGGCGACAAGUCGAGUCCGAUUGAAGGUGAGAAUCUCAUUCUUAAGCCCGAACGUAACCUUCCUUUGAUGGCAAUGACAUCGUCAAACGGUCCCAUUCAUCACUCAUCACGCACGAAUUCGUUCGGCGCGGCCCGCAAAUCAUGGCCUAAUCGUCAUAUAUAUAUAUCUCACACCUUCCGGAACCUUUUUUCGAUAUUAUUUGUUUCCAACGGAAAACCUCCAUUUCCCCGCGCAAAAAAGGACUAAAUCAGGCUCCCUGGGCAACCAGCAACCACUAUAGAAGGGCAGCCGUCUCCUUUCCUUUCCGCUCAGGCUCAUAAUUGUAUAAAUUCGCCGAACCCGAACCCCCCUUCGCCGGCUUUUGAGCAGAGCAGACCACCCGGAUGCAUUGAGAGUAGGCAGAAGGCGCAAUAAGCGUCAUUAAGUGCGAUGUAUAAACAAAUGGCUUGUCUUCGGCCAGGACGGAUAAGAGCGAUAUGUAUAAACAUUUUUGGACACGUGAGUGGUCAUCUGUCAUUUUACAGUAUCCUUCAAAGAUUGGAUUCGAGGGCCGACAAUUGAUGGCAAGCCAAACACAAAGUCACGCUCGAUUUUUAAAAAAAUAAAUUUCAAUAAUUCCCACGUGAAACCUUUUCGAGUUGAGGUUCUUCUUUCACCUCAUCUCACGACGAUCCUAAAAAAUUUCGUAAAGUUGUCAUCGCGGUUGUGACAUUGGCAUUUCGACCCGCCGAUCCGUCUUGUUUUUUGAGCCUCCCUCCCCCUCCGACCAGCUCUCCGAGCAAUUGCCACACGGCCAUUAGCGAUCUUGCAUGACCGGCGCUCCCCCGUAAACCCGUGUCUUCUUCAUCUCUCGCCCUCCUUUCUACUGCUCGGUGAGCCCACAAAUUCUUACACUUGCGUGUACUCGACACGCAAAAAAUUGAGGAGCUCGGCGGAAGAGCAGUUUUGCUACAAAAUGUGGAAAAUGGAAAAUGGAAUGGGUGAAAAGCGGUUCGAGAAGCCACUUUUCUUUUUUUUAAACCAAUAACAUCAACAACGACAGCAACAAUAAAACGAACGACAUGUCCACGAGAGAAAUUUUUGCAAUUUUUGGCUCUUUUUUGAGAAACCAUCCAUUUUUCUGCAAUCAGAAAGUUUCUCUGACUAUCUUAUGACAAGUUUUGAUCAAAAUCUGCAGUGAAAGCGUCCAAAUUGUGAUUUUUGCCUGAAACAAAUUUUGCAAAGUUUUGUCAUUCUGUGCAUUUCGACGUCGCCGUGUUUGCAGAAUCUCAGACUCUACCGCUUUCAGAAAAAAAAAAUGCGACAAAAAGAAUGCCAAUUUCUUCAAAUUUAGCAAGAUGUCACACAAUAUUUGUGAGAAGCUGUUCCUUGCCGAUUUCCUUUUCUCAUGUACAGCUCAAUGAGCAGGUGCGCUCUCACGCAACGGCAUUCUCUGGACCGAGCCGAAGCAUAAGAAUAUGCACUUUCAAUUUCCGGAGGCAAAUAUUGUGUGGUCUCAAAUUUCUUGAACUUACUUCUUUGCAUUCUAAAUUGUUUUAGUAUUUUUGCACACUCCGCGCGGGGACUUACCGCAUUAAUCACUUUGCUCAUUAGAGAAUUCUGGAUGUACUCGUACACGCGUUUAUAUUGAUGUAAGCUCAUCACAUAUUCAAUUUUCUUCGCUUCUUUUUCCGGCGCAUAAAUUAGGCGAGCGCGGUAUCGCAGAAAUUAUUUUCAGCCGCCCAUCUUGUGCAAGCCCGUCUCGGUAGGUUCGCAUGGCGAUAAUUGGAUCCGUGUGCGCAGAUUUUUGCUGACUGCUGGCAGAAACCAGAUUGCGCCUUAGCUAAUUACUGGCUGAUUGGACCGGAAAGCAUGUGAUGAAUGGCUUGGGAAACACAUACCGUACUCGGAACUUUUUCUCGAAAGUUCCCACUCCGAAAUUUGAUGGAGGUCAACAACGCCCGGGCGGUGUCACGAGAAAGGGGGUCAUAAAAUGGACCCCAUAAAGUGUGGCCCGACGACUCUUUUUCGCUUUUUUUACGUUUCGCAGCUAGGAAAAGAGUACGCCUAGUGUGAACGGCUUCGCAUAAAUAAAGAAAAGGGAACAGAACACCUGGAGGCGGGCCGGAAACGGAAAAAGAACCGAUUGAAUUGCAGGUAUUCUGAAGGAGUCGUUGCGAUCGAACAGGGUUCAAGCGUGCGACGGAGAGAGGAUCACGUUGAGCUGCCCCAGGAACACGCAGAUUUCAGUGCAGACUGGGUAAUUGAUUGACGUCUUUGAAAACUUUCCACAAUUCACAAACUGUUUGGGAGGCGUGUCCUUGGCUCGCUGCCAACUCCGAUUCUAAUGUCGAACUUUUUUUUUCAACAAUUUGUAUUUUUUUUUAUCUCGAAGAAGAUUACGUGAUCAAGUUGAUGAAAUGUUGUGAAAUCCCAAAGUUUUCAGAUUCUACGGAAGAGUGGUGCCUGAAAGCGAACUUUGUCCACCACAGUCCGCACGGAAGUUGAGUGCACUGUCCUCGCUCCAUCACUCGAAUGUUUGUGACGUCAUCCAGGCGCACACGGUAGGUGUAAUCGGAUAUCCGAAGAGAUGAUGGAUUGCGAAACUGGGUCACCAUGACACAUUUCAGCGAAUCUCGGAGCUCUGUGACAAGCGUCGAAAGUGUGCACUGGUGGUCGACUCGAACACCUUCGAGGACGACCCGUGCCCGACGACGUCGAAAUAUCUCCAGAUGGCCUACGGAUGCAUGCCAGUGUCAUUUGAGGAAGAGACGUUCUGCACGCCGAAACCGAAAGAUCCGCCACGCCCGGAAGUUCAUCUCGAGUGCCGGGAAGGACGUCGUUUGGCUGUCUACUCGGCUGAAAUGCGAACCGCGCAGCAAUGCGAUCCGGAAAUUGAGAUCAGACACGGUACAGUAAUCCCACUACAAACUCGCGCUCAAGUAUUUGUGCUCAUCUCAUGCGGAAGUGUCACCACUUUCUUAUUCUGUUGUCCCUUUCCUCUAUUCUCGUGUUCAGCGCUCUCAUUUCAUUUCAUUCGGGGGGAGGCAAUUGUAAGUAUGUCUACGUCCCGCCUAACCACGCACUUUCUCGUCUUUCUCAUCUCAUUGUGCAGAAAGGGAGAGAAGCUAAUUGGAUGUCUCUCUGUGCGUGUGUCAUCUUCCGACCCGAAACAAUUCGGGCCCAGUGAGUCGCGAAAAUAAGUGGCUCACUUUUCAGAAUGCGCAUCCGACGUGCUGCCUCACGUACUCCGACAGUGCCACUCAAAGGAGAGUUGCACGCUGAAAACGGAAGAUGUGAAAGGACACUGUCGCCACGGACAUCUUCAUAUCGUCUACGUGUGCGUCAACGAAGAAAUCUUUUCGGAAGAGGCGAUCAAAGGCGAAUUGGUCUCACUGGAAGCGUAUCUCAAGGUAAGCAAUCGUCAUAGGUGCGGAAUGUUUGAGAAACGCGAAAAAGAUUUUUCGGCCUGCCAGUCGGAUGCAACUUGACAGCCUGUUACGGUCCGAGUAAAUUGGGCCCCUCCCACUCGCAUGUCCCGAACUGCCGGCGCUCAACUCAAAACACGAGAGAAAUUAUAAAUUCAGGAAGCCGACGCUAAACAACGAGAAGAAGAUAGACAAUUCUUCAAGGAUGUGAACGAUAGAUCGGAAUAUGAACGGGUGGUGGAUGCUACUCCGGUCAAGGAUCCAGUUGUCCACCAGAUUGCCAAUGAUGGUAUUAAUAAAUGAACAUAAGUUGAAGUGGCAGAUCUUGACGCGAAUCUUUUUAGCCAGCUACGUCACACACGACGAAUAUAAAAUGGCACACCAGGAUCCGCCGCCGAUUACGGAAAGAGUCGAGCCGAAUCUGGUUGGCUUGGGGCAUGACCUCAUGCAAGUUUAUCAGUUUUUGAAAGGUAGUUCUAAUUCAUUCCUACUUGGAAAUCAAUACUUUUUUAGAAAACAAAGAAAAAGCUCUGAUGUGUAUUAUCCUCGCGGUGAGCAUGGCCGCAAUUGUAGUGCUCUCCGCGUGCAUCGUCACCAGAUUGUGCUCGUCUCCAAAAGAUUCGAGAAGCAGAAACAGCUCGCGGAGCCGGAGAUCUUUUGAGACUAGCAAAUUGGUCUCAUCGAAUUGUAAGCCUGUUACGGAUAGAACUAACGUCGUUAUAAUAUUCAUUUUCAGACGGAAGCUCGAUCACACCGCACAUGCAGGACAUCGAGGACGAGCAGUUCCUGCGCUUCUCGAUGGGAUCCUCAAAGCCUAGCUCAACCUACAAUCACUACGAUUUCUGA